AUAAAAACCUCUGAGAAAUGAACGAAAGAAAUCUUAAUAUUAGAAGUGUUAGUCCAUUCCAAAGCCUUGAAAAGAGGAAGCAUAAAAGAAAUAUCUUCUCAACAGGGAGAUGACAUUCCAAACUUAAAAGAAGACAAACUAGGAAAGGAGGCCUUCCUCAAAUUCCUACAUCUCCACAAGAAAGAGUUACUCCCAUUCUGAGCCCAAAGCGAGGCGAGAUUAACUACAAGGAAGAGCUUCAAAAAGGAAGUGAAAUGCUUAGGAAAGAAGCCGGUGAUAACCUCCAGAAAUUCGGAGGCAACUUUAUGUUUGAUUUCUAUGGAGGCAGGGCCAGAAUGGAUUUCUCAAGCAGAAAUGAAGCUGACCAAACAUAUCAAGAAAUAGCUCAUACUUUCAUGGGAGAAAAGAAGAAUAAAUGGGGUGUUUUAUGAAAUUAUGUCACUGGAAGGCAGAACAACAGCGAGAUUGUUAAUAAUGUAAUCACAGAGAGAAUCAAUGACAAGGUAAAAUCAUUGGAAGAUGUAAAAAUCCCUAUUAAGAAAAACUGAAGGAAAAAGGAAAAGUUAACAAAGAUGUUCAGAAAUAACGGUGGUAUGAAUGCCUCAGACGCAAUGAAGACUUAUGACUUCUCCAGCAAAUCAAGAUGAUUAAGUGAUCCUAAAGCAGAGAACACUAUUGACAACACUAAUCUUGGAAAUAACAAUGAAUUGGCAAUGCCAUUGACAAACAAGAGAGAGACUAUGUCUAAAAGUCCCCUCGGAUUGCGGACUAUAAUGCCAGGUGAAGAUAAAGGAUACUUGAAGCCAAUACCUAAGAUGCAAAGAAAAUAAAUCAAAGCAAAGGGUGAACGAAGAAGUAGAAGAUUUUGACACAUACCUUAAAAAGAUGAUGAUGCCUAAAGCUCUGCGAAAAGUAAACCCAAAUUUGCUCAAGCUGAUCCCACGGACCACUGCUAACAGUGGCAAUAGCUCUAUCUUAGUCGAUAUUGAAGAGAACAUAAAGCCGACUGAGAACCAGAAAGAACUGAUCCGGAUGAAAUGGAAUUUGAAGAGGAUGGAAACAGAGCAGAAGAGUCAAAUGAAUCAGUUCAAGAAGAUAAAGCGCAAAAUUAGCCCCAGGAAACUUAUAAUCACUGAGAAAAAGACUAACCCUAUGGAUAAUGUCGAUGAGACUACCUUUAGAGACUCACUUACCAAAGCAUCUAACACUGUAACUAAAAAUGAGAGAUAUUCCAAGAUUGUUCAGAACGAUGAUAAAAUAGGAGAGGAUGAAAUGAAAAACUUCCAGAAGCAGAUGACCAUGCCUCUGAAUAUCUUCACUCCAAAGAGUGAAUCAACCAGGCUGUUUGAUGAAGACAAUGAACUUACCUCAAAUGGCUUCCGUAUUGACGAGAUUGUUGAAGACAUGAAGUCUUCUGAAGAUGACAGUGUAAGUGACUCAGAAGCUUAUACUAAGAAACAAACUGUUCGGUCGAAGAAGAACACUGAAAAGCCCCAAAAGUGAUCUGGGAAGGAAAAGAGAGGCAAGUUCUUUGUCCACAAAGCUAAGAGUUUUAUGAAACCCAAGAAGUUAAAGUCAAUUAAUCCUACAAAGAACAUGAAUGAUAAGCUAGCUAGCUCAAAGAGGAAGAUUAAUAUGAUCAAGCUGAAUUCAACUGCUUUUAAAAAUAUGAGUGUUAAAAGGAUUGGAGAUUCUAGGUCUCCUUCUCCACUCAAGGGACAAAUGAGUGACUCCACCAGUGAAAAUUUCUCAAAUGGUAGUCCAAGUUGUUCAAAAUCUCCCCAGAACUAUGAUUUUGAGAAUGCGAUUAUCUCUCCGAUUAGGUGAGAUGGAAUGGAACCAGAAGUAGGUAUUGUUCAGAGCACAGAUUUUGUAAGCACAACAGAGGAGAAUGAUCCAGCUAUCAAGAAUAAGUUGACUAAGCCUAGUAAUUGUAGUCCACCAGUUGAAAGAGUCCAAAAGGCAACACCUUCACCUAAGAAAAUUAAUAAGCUUACCAUCAAACCCACACAAAUUACAACAAAAAGGAAUGUGAGUAAAGCCUACGCUCCACAAGCAGGGUCUAAUUGAAAGCAGAGGAAGAAGAAAAAGUCGAUUAAGAAGAUGUUUUCAGAAGAAUAUCAGCUUAAAUCAGCUAACUUAUAAUUUUUAAAUCCGCCAUACCCAAUGAAAAGAAAUAAUUAUUAAUGUCAUAAACCACUCCUUCUAAUUUUCCUCCUUAUUGUUCAAUUG